UCCUUCCAGAUCCAUCUCUCCACCUUCCUCUCCUCUCUGCAGCAUCCCUCCUCCUGCUCAGCCAAUCGCCUGCUGGGAAGCAGGAUCAUGUGACCGACAGCCACCAAUACUCUCCACCAGGCACCGGCAAAAAGAGGGGCGGUGUCCCUCCUCCUCCUCCUCCUUCUCCUCCUUCUCCUCCUCCUCCUCCUCCUCCUCUCUGAGUCAGACGGUGUGUCUGGAUGUUGAAGGAUCCGUUUAACGAGCUGAGACACGUUUCUGCUUCUUCCUCCGGAGGUCGAGGGCCACCGGUCUGUCUGUAAGCCCGCUCCCUCCCUCCCUCUCCUGGGGAAACACCGGGGAGAUGAAUGGGGAGGCGAUGGAGGGGAACCCGGCGCAGCAGCAGCAGCAGCAGCAGCAGCAUGCCGGCAACGGCACACACCUCCCUCCCCCUCCCACCAUCACGCCGGCCAUCCCCCCCUACGUGAAGCUGGGUCUGACCAUCGCCUACACCAUCUUCUACUCGCUGCUCUUCGCCUUCGUGUACGCUCAGCUCUGGCUGGUGCUGCGAUACCGACACAAGCGUUUCAGCUACCAGACGGCCUUCCUGUUCCUGUGUCUGCUGUGGGCCGCUCUGCGCGCCCUGCUCUUCUCCUUCUACUUCAGAGACUGCGUGACUGCCAACGCGCUCGGACCCUUCGCCUUCUGGCUGCUCUACUGCUUCCCCGUCUGCCUGCAGUUCUUCACGCUCAGCCUUAUGAACCUCUACUGCGCACAGGUUUACUUCAAGGCGAAGUCCAAAUACACACCUGCACUGCUCAAGUACAGACUUCCUCUGUACCUGGUCUUCCUGGGUGUCAGUCUUCUCUUCCUGGUGGUUAAUCUGGUCUGUGCGUUGUUGGUCAAGAUGACCGCCGCCGACGUCAAGACCAUCGUCCUGGUGAGGGUAACCAUCAACGACAGCCUGUUCGUCCUCUGCGCCGUCUCGCUAUCCGUCUGCCUCUACAAGGUCGCCAAGAUGUCGCUGGCCAACAUCUACCUGGAGUCAAAGGGGACAUCAGUGUGUCAGGUGACUCUGAUCGGCAUCAUGGUGGUGCUGCUGUACUCGUCUCGAGCCUGUUACAACCUGGUGGUGCUCGCUCUGACCGACAUCGAGACCAUCAACUCCUUCGACUACGACUGGUACAACGUGUCCGACCAGGCGGACUUGCGGUCGUCGCUGGGAGACGCCGGUUACAUCGUGUUCGGGGUGAUUCUGUUCGUCUGGGAGCUGCUGCCCACCUCCCUGGUUGUCUUCUUCUUCAGGGUCCGACGGCCGCCGCAGGACAGGAGCACCGCUGGAAUACCGAACCACGUUCUGUCCUCCAGAGGAUAUUUCUUCGACAACCCUCGUCGCUACGACAGCGAUGACGACCUGGCGUGGAGCAUUCCUCCCCAGAACGGCUCAGCGAGUCUUUCGUCCGACUGCUACGACUGGGGCAGCCGCCACAGCAGCUUCACUGUGCACACCAACAGUGACGAGCAGCGUCUGACCACCACCACCGCCGCCGCCGCCGCUGCUGCCGCCGCCGGAGAGCUCCACCCCUACCCAUGACUCCCCUCUCCACUGUACAGCAUCACUCUGCACUUUGACACCGAUCAGUUAUUGUGUUUGUUUCUAUCACUGAAUACUGUAGCGCCCCCGUCAGGCCAGUAACCGCAGCUAAAACCACAAAAUGCUCCGAUAACAGAAUCAAAACACGAGAGCUGCAACCAACGAUUAAUAAUUAGUUGUUUGAUCCAUUAAAUUUCAUAAAACGGUGAAAAAUAUUGAUCAGUGUUUCCCAGAACACAAGACGACUCAAAGAUAUUCAGUUUACUGUCAGAGAGACUAAAGAAACCAGAAGCUUUAAGAAGGAUUAAUAAUGGCAGUUAAUUUAAUAGUUGACAACUAAUUGAUUAAUCGACUAAUCGUUGCAGCUCUACACAAUCACUCGUAGUUAAUACGUGAGUGUUUUAUGCUGCAAAUUCUGAACAUGAAAAUGGCUUAAAAGUUAAACUCUUGGAAUCAGCUGAAUGCAACUCAGUCUGCUGAUGAAGACCAUGUGAUAUGGUCAAAAGCCAGUUGGAUUGUAACUAAGUACUCUCUCUCUCUUUAGUACUGUACUUGAGUACAAUUUUGAGGUACUUCACUUGAGUGUUUCCAUGUGAUGCUACUU